UGUUGUGUUCACACGCAGUUUUGUCAGAUCUCGCGAGAGAAACGAGCAAGCAGCUGCAAUACUUCGUCUUCUUGCUGGCAGUUUGCAGCCAUGACUUGAAAGGUUCAUACCGGCCUGUAGAAUGUAGUGUGGGCCGUAGGACAGAAGGAGGAAACCCCGUUAAGAACUUGUUCUACUCGACUAAGAUGUUCUACUAGUCUGCUGGAAAUAGAAAGAAGAAGGAGGGGGAAGCAAGAUGGCGUUUGGGGGAGAAGGCCUAAACGUGGGCGUUAUAGUUCUGUAUGUUUAAUCAGUGCAUACAUGUGCACAUAUAUGUCGUAUAAUAGAGUAAACAUCGUCAAUAAUUGUUUGUAUCCGGAUACAUUAGUCUGAGCGCCUUUUUGACGCGUCUUAGCACGUUAGCUAGCUUAGCUAGCUAGCUGCUAACAGAGACGUGACACAUUCGUACAACUACGCGCGGAUUAAGAACACACAAUUAGUGAUCAACACACAUUGCUAAGCAGAGAUCAAGUGUAAAGUGUUGUGAUUGUGUGAAAAUGUGCGAAAGAACGAUAGCAGAGUACGAGGAGGAACUUUGUCCAACAAAAGAGGAGAACAAUCAACUACUGGACGCUGUUUUCAAGAAACAUCAAGUUGUGUCACACAGAACAGACGUCUAUGAACAGCAACUUUUCCCUGAGCAACAGGAGUGGCGCUCAAGGAUGGAGCAAGAGGAGCCACAGAUCCCGCACUAUAAAAAGGAACAGGAGGACCCACAGACCUCCCAUUUUAAAGAGGAAGAGGAGGAACACAGCAUCAGUCAGGAGGGAGAGCACCCUGAAUGGUUGGAGGAGUUGCCAUUGACUGUCAUUGUGAAGAGUGAAGAUGAUGAGGUCAUUGGUGAAAGUGAGGAGAGGAGAGAGGCGGAGCCUCCAAGCAGCAGCUCAACUCAACACAUGACAACAGAAGCUGAUGGAGACCACUGUGGAGGAUCACAAGCAGACAAGCUCUUAGCUCCACUAUCAGAUAGUGAGGACACAACGUCACACUCUCCUGACACUGAUGAUGAAGACUCUAAAGAUGAUAAGACAUGUCACACUGACAACACACACUUCGCAUGCUCUCACUGCGACAAAACCUUUAAAUACCAUUGUCGUCUGAAAGUACACAUGAGAAAACACACUGGAGAAAAACCUUUUUGUUGUUCACUCUGCGGUAAAGAUUAUACUCAGAGACAACAUUUGAAAACGCACAUGAGAACACACACCGGUGAAAAACCGUUUUCGUGCUCAUUCUGCGGCAAAGGUUUCAAACAAAGUCACAAUUUGAAAAUACACACGAGAAUACACACUGGAGAAAAACCCUUUUCAUGUUCGGUCUGUUGCAAAGAUUUUGUACAAAGACAGGAUUUGAAAGUACACAUGAGAACACACACUGGAGACAAACCAUUCAUGUGUUCAUUUUGCAGUAAAAGAUUCUCUGUCAAGGCCAAUUUGAUCAUGCACACAAAAAUACACACUGGCGAAAAACCUUUCAUCUGUCCAGUCUGUGGUAAAGGUAUUACACAAAGUCGCAAUUUAAAAAGACACAUGAGAACACACACUGGAGAUAAAUGUUUUUCAUGUUCAGUCUGUGGUAAAGGUUUCAUACAAAGCGGUGAGUUGAAAGUACACAUGAGAAUACACACCGGAGAAAAACCUUUUAUCUGUACAAUCUGUGGUAAAGAUUUUGUAACCAGUCAACAAUUGAAAGAACACACGAGAACACACAGUGGAGAAAAAACAUAUUCAUGUUCAAUCUGCGACAAAAGUUUUUGUCACCCUAGAAGCCUUGUGGUACACAUGAGAAUACACACUGGUGAAAAAACAUAUACGUGCACAAUAUGCAACAAAACCUUUGGUCGCCAGAGAAACUUCGUAGUACACAUGAGAACACACACAGGUGAGAAAGUGUUGAGUUGCAGUGUGUGUGGUGAAAGAUUCUCUUAUAAGUACCAGUGUAAGAAACACAAGUGUGCUGGUGAGAACAGCAGCAAAUGAAGAUGCAGGAUUUGAAAUAAACUUGUCAAAACUUUAACUUUCUAACAACGUCCGCACAUAUAACAUGUGUGACAUCAUUGUUGUGUGUGCAACACAAUCUCUGUAAAACGAUUCUACCUUGUAUAGAUUCAAUAUUUUAGAUAGUUUUUCUUCUGGAAGCAUAUUAUUAUUUACUUAAUACAUCAUUUGAGCAGUUGUGUUAUAUACAAGAUCAUUUAUUUUAAAAAUGUGUAAAUUAGUGACUCAUUUGUUGGGUGUUGAGAACCAAUUAUAUUAUAUUAUUACGCUCUUUUGUAAUAUGAAUAUUGUUUUGUGAUUGUUUCAUAUGUAUGUCUAAGACUGUUAUGCAUUCAGCAAUGUAUGCUUCAACAAACAUUGGGUACAAUAAAUAUAAUUGGUAUUUGA